CGAAAAAUAGCAAUGAAAUGCAUUCCGGCUCUUUCGAAGCGAACUAUGUUUACGUAUUUCAUAUUAUUGUUUCUAUUAUAUUUAUUUUAUGUUUUGAAUACUUGUUUAGUUGACGAAAGAAAGUUUUCAUUCAAGUAUUUCUCGCUAAAAAGUCAAGUUACUAAAUACAAAAGUGUGACGAGGCGUUUCGCCGCACUCUUAGGUUACAGCUUUGAUGGCAACAAAUACAUGAGGAUCGAAAAAUCGGAUCAGGUACCAACAAAGAGACUGCCAGAUGCCUUGAUUAUAGGGGUUAAAAAAUGUGGAACGCGUGCGCUUUUAGAGUUUUUAAGAUUACAUCCAGAUGUGAGAGCAGCAGGAUCUGAAGUACAUUUCUUUGAUAAAUAUUAUCAUAAAGGCUUCGAAUGGUACAGAGAGAAAAUGCCACCCACUUCGGAAGGGCAGAUCACAAUGGAAAAGACACCUUCGUAUUGGGUAACCAGGUCAGCACCAAGACGUGUUUAUUCCAUGAACCCUUCAGUUAAAUUGAUAGCAGUUGUUCGUGAUCCAGUAACAAGAGCUAUAAGCGAUUAUACACAAUCUGCCAGCAAAAGAUCAAGUCUUCCACGUUUCGAAGAUCUCGCUCUGGUGAACAGCACGGUAACUUGGGGUGGACCUUGGUCAGUGGUUGACUCCUCUUGGCCUCCAGUGAGAUUAGGCAUUUAUGCUAGACCCUUAAGGCGCUGGUUAAGAAGGUUUCCACGAUCUAGGAUCCUUUUCAUCAGCGGAGAGAGGUUGGUUGUAGAUCCAGCGGCUGAAAUGGCAAGAGUUCAGAAGUUCCUCGGUCUUAAGAUAUUGAUAACAAAUAAACAUUUCUACUUUAAUUCAACGAAAGGGUUCCCGUGUCUCCUUAAAUCGGAGAGUCAAUCCACGCCUCAUUGCCUUGGAAAAAAUAAGGGAAGGAGUCACCCGUAUAUUGACCCUGUGGCUAUAGAAAGACUGAGAGAAUUUUACAGGCCAUAUAAUGAGAAAUUUUACGAAUUAUCUGGUAUAAAUUUUGGUUGGCCAUAAUACUUAAACAAAUUUUGAAAAUUUUAUUAAAGGCCGACGAAAAUUAAACUAUAUAAAGACCAUGAAUAUUCAUAGGGUCAUUCAGCUGCAGUAGAGCGAAUUGUAUGUGAUAGUUUUAUGCCAAUUUUAAUAGAAAUUUAGACUGAAG